CGUGUUUGAUGUGUUCCGUGUGCGUGGUGAUUACGCGCUUGAAGCGCGAUGUCAGUGGUCGAAGGAAACGCGAGCGGCGAAAAGAAAUCAUCACUCUGUGAAGACAGCACGGACAGUGAAAAUGAAACGGAGAAAAAGCCUUUGCUGCGACGGAUAUCAACUAGCAAAUGCGUCGGGAGGCUGCCAGUGGUCAAAGAGGGUUACCUGAUGAAACAGACGCGCAGCUUCCAAAGAUGGCAACGCCGGUACUUCAAGCUGCGCGGGCGCACGCUAUACUACGCAAAGGAGAAGGAUAGCCAACUAUGGGACGAGUAUGAGCUAGAAGACGCAACGUUCGCCGAAUGUAGCAUCAGCAACGCUAACCACAGCUUUCAAGUGAUAACAGCCAGCCGUUGCCUGGUCCUCUGUGCGGACACACGGGGCGAGAUGGAGGCGUGGUCGAACGCGCUGCGGGGUGCGCUGCACAGCGGCUCCAAUGUUGCUGAUCUCGUCGCCAGCCUGUCCACUGGGGACCACCACUGGUACACAGCAACACACGCGCGUCCCACCUUCUGCAAUGUCUGCCGCGAAUCGCUCGGCGCGCUCGGCACUGCGCACGCGCUCGCCUGUGAGCUGUGCAAGUUCAAAGCGCACAAGCGAUGCGCGGCGCGUGCUCCCCCUUCGUGCAAGUGGAGCACGCUCGCUUCGCUCGGCCCGCACGUCGUGGAAGACACUGAGGGGAACAUCAUAAUGCCGCAUCAGUGGCUCGAAGGCAACCUGCCGGUGGCGGCCAAGUGUGAUGUUUGCGACAAGACCUGCGGCUCCGUACUCAGACUACAAGAUCUCCGCUGCAUAUGGUGCCGCAAGUGCGUGCACGCGAACUGCCGGCCGUGCUGGCGCGCUGCCUGCUCGCUGGGUCCGGCGCGCGCGUCCGUCGUGCCGCCCACACGCCUGCACUCGGUCGGACCGGACGAUGGCUGGCUGCCGGACCGGCCGGCGAACGCGUCGCCGCUCAUUGUGUUCGUUAACUCGAGAUCGGGCGACAACCAAGGCAUCAAGUUCCUGCGCCGCUUCAGGCAACUGCUCAAUCCAGCGCAAGUCUUCGAGCUGAGCGGUGCGGGACCCCGCCUGGGGCUCCGGCUGUUCCGGCACUUCGCCCCGCUCCGGGUGCUCGUGUGCAGCGGGGAUGGUUCCGUCGGAUGGGUGCUGCAGGAGAUCGACAAGCUGGACAUGCAUCGGCAAGUACAAACGGCCGUACUACCGCUGGGCACGGGCAACGAUCUAGCCCGCGUGCUCGGAUGGGGCGCGUCGUGCGAUGACGCAGCGAACCUGCAGAUGCUGCUCGAGCGGUACGAGCGUGCUUCUACUAAGAUGCUGGACAGAUGGUCGAUAAUGUCGUUCGAGCGCGCAGUGACGGCUCCGCCACCGCCGCCCGUACCGCCCGACCUGCUCGACGACACGCCGCUGCUGCACAACCUGCAGGAGAUCGUGCAGUCGGGUGAGACGUGUCGCGUGGCUCGCGCGUCGCUCCGCGCGGGUUGCGCGCGACUAGCUACAGCGGGGGAGCGCGCGGGGGGCGGGGCAGCGCGCGCCGCGCACCGCCUGCGCCGCGCGCUGUCGCUGCUGCUGCACGCGCGCGCUCACAUCGCUCAUGAUCACGCGCAGUGCGAGUCAUGGGAAGCUUUAGACACAACGAGCGAGAGCGAACCAGAGGCUCCACCCGCUGCUGAAAAGGGCAGCAUUGAAAAGACUGAAAAGGAGCAGUUGAACUGGGCGGCGCGCGGGUGUGCGCUCGCGGGCCGCGCGGACAGCGUGCGGCGCGCGCUACGCUCGCUCGUGCGGACGCUUGCGAUGCUUUAUCCGCAGGAUUCAAAUGCAGAGCAAACAUGCAAAGAGGUGGAGGAUUCAGCGGAUAAGAGCGCGGGGGGUGCAGCCGGCGGGGGUGGUGCGGGGAGCGCGGGGGGAGAGGAGAUGUCGGCGCUGCCGGUGCCGCGGGCCUUCGCCGACAGUCGCCGCUCGUCCGCCGCCAGCGCUAUAUCGGCAGCUUCCAUGCAGCCGGAAAACAUUCCAGAUGUAGAUGAAGACAUAGCUAAGUUAAUUAGUACUAAUCCAGAACCAGCUUAUUACUUGGAGGUGGAGAAACGGGACCGCAGCAAAACGAGUUCCGCGUCACCCCAAGAUCGCCUUUCGCUUUCAAACUUAUCUUCCUGUGAUACUAGCUCUUGCAGAAAUCUACUUAGGCCGGAUGGAGAUCGCGGAAGCACAACAUAUAAUAGCAGUAGUCUUACAAUACCUAACCUAGUCGUGUCAGACGAUAGUGAUAAAAGAUCGUUAAUACAGGGAGAAACUUAUGAAUCGGACCAAUUGACUAUUAUAGACAUCGACAAACCGUAUACGGAUGAAGUUCACUUUCACGAGUUGAGCGAGAGAGCGGCGCCAACUAGUGGCGACUGCACACCUGAGAGGAAGCUUUCUAGUGUAGACUUGGAGAUGGAUGCGACCAGCUCUGAAGGGUCCAACAUUAGCGAUGACUUUAGUUUAAUAUCAGAAAUUAUCGACAGUAAACCAGAAGAUAUAGAAGAGGGUGGGAUCGGACAUAUCGAUUCGCCAGAAGUAUCAGAAACGACGUAUAUGAAUUCAGAAACUUUACACGGAGAGUCAAUCAUGGAUGAUAUCAGUUCAAUGCUAGGACAAGAUGUACUCAUGGCUAUGAUGGGCAAGAAUGGAGAAAAUGAAACAUAUACAGAUGAUACUACCUUAUUCACAUCAGACACAGUAUCAGACAUACCUAUGGAUAGUCGGAAUCCGAGCAUCGAGAAAACUUGUGAAUCGAAACAUAGAUACAUAUCGAAAAUUAAAAAGCCAAUAGAUGCAGAUGUAGAAAAAUUUGGGUUUGAGAAUAAAGUGUUUUACCUCGAAAAUGCGGCUAAGGCAGAAGAACAAGUAAAAUACUGCAGUUUAGCACAAUUCGAAGAGGGCAGUGACAUAGCUAGGAAGUCUUUUCGGAAGCACAUGAGAAAAAGCGUAAAGAAACGCGUCGUAGAUGAAAGUGGAGUAAAACACCUACUACCAAAGUCGACUACAGAAGAAGUGCUUAAACCCGAAUCACCACAACCUCAAGAUUCACCAAAACCCAAAAGUUUAGAGGUAAAAAAUACUGAAAACAAAGGGAUACCAGCAUUUCCGCAAGUCAGUGUUGUAGUAGAACCUCCAUCGCCGUCUCACAGUGAAGAUAGGAAGAGUAUAAGGAGUACAAGUCGAAUGGCAUCAGUAUUGAGUGAUAUAUUUGAUCACGGAACAGACACUCUGAGCGUUCACUCGCCAGAACCAAGCAUAAUAAGCGCAAGGGAACGUCGUCAGUCCGAUAACCCAAAGCUUCUAGGAUCCGAUUCGGAAUAUGGGCAGUUUUUGAGUUGCUCUCCAGCUGCAACUAGACGUAUAUCUUGCGGGAGCCUCUUUAAACCUGGUGAACCAGAUAACAGGCUUUCAACAUCCGUAUCAUCAAUAUGGGGGGAGAGCGGUACAUUCAGCGGUUGCCCAACAACCAAGUCAGAUUCGAGUGAAAGGGCUAGAAAACUCCCGAUUAUAAACCCACUAGUCCAAUUACCAGCUUGGCCGCAUGUCACUCAAGGGUUCAUAAGCCAAUGUCUUCUGGCAAAUGCUGACGCUCUAUGCGCUGCUGUCAGUCCUUUGAUGGAUCCUGAUGAAACGCUGCUAGAAGGCUUUUAUGAACGAGCAGUAAUGAAUAACUACUUUGGAAUUGGUAUCGAUGCAAAGAUCACGCUCGACUUUCAUAAUAAGAGAGAGGAACAUCCGGAAAAGUGCAGGUCACGGGCUAGAAACUAUAUGUGGUACGGUGUUUUGGGAUCGAAGGAGUGGGUGAAUAGAACGUAUAGACAUUUGGGUCAGCGUGUUCAACUAGAGUGCGACGGACAGCGCAUACCACUCCCAGAGUUACAAGGCAUCGUGGUGCUGAAUAUUCCCUCUUUCAUGGGAGGAACCAAUUUCUGGGGCGGCACGAGGGGCGAUGACUUGUUCUUGGCGCCAUCUUUUGAUGAUCGUGUGCUUGAAGUGGUCGCAGUAUUCGGCUCCGCUCAAAUGGCCGCGUCCCGCCUGAUCAACCUUCAGAAGCACCGCAUAGCGCAAUGCCGCGCGGUGCAGAUCAACAUCCUCGGCGACGAGUGCGUGCCCGUGCAGGUGGACGGCGAGGCGUGGCUGCAGCCGCCCGGUUGUGUGCGCAUCAUACACAAGAAUAGAGCGCAGAUGUUGUGCCGCUCGAGGGCGUUGGAGACGAGCUUGCGCGCAUGGGACGAGAAACAGCAGCAGAAAGCGGCAGCGGUGGGUGUCGCGCGUGCGUUACCGCCCGCCGAAGCGGCACAGCUGCUCACACUGCUCGAUGACGUCAACACCAUUGUUAAACAUGUGAAGCUAGCGUGCAUAUCGGAUACCGGUUCCGGCGCGGGUCGCACGAGCGGUGCGCUCGCGACCGCUCGUCGCGUCGCAGCUCAAGCGGACGCGCUGCAGGACGCCGACGGGCGCCUGCUGCCCGCGCCGCACCUACGCCGUCUGCUGGCUGCGCUGAUCGAGAGCUGCCAUGAGUUGCUGGAGAGCGGUGCGGUGGGCAGCGCGGCGGGCGGGCUGCGCGCGCAGCUCGCGCGUUGCACCACGAAAGAUGGCCUGGCUUUUAUCAAUACAGAGGAGGCACCGAAGAAAGGCUCCCGCUGGCUGCGGAGCCGGCGAAGCGUGUCCGAAGGUGGCGCAGCGUCGGCGCAGACUGCGCAGGUCCGCUCGUGGGGCACCAAGGAGGUGCAAACGUGGCUAGAGACAAUAGAGCUAGGUGAAUACGCGGACGCGUUCGCGAAACACGACAUCACCGGGCGGGAACUGUUGUCUCUGGCCAGGCGGGAUCUACGCGAUUUGGGCGUCACUAAAGUCGGACAUGUAAAGAGGAUCCUGCAAGCCGUGAAAGAUCUCCAGUGACGACGCCGUGGCCGUUCAGAGGAGAACGGCCACAGGUGAAUUGAUGAUGCACUAGCAACGGAUGGUGGUCGAAAUUCGAUCACGUUGUAACUGUCACCUGUGUUCCGAUUCACGUAUCGCUAUGAAAAUAUCACAUACACGAUAAAAGUCUCCAUUGGAUGAUAUUAAACAGCUAUAUACAGUCAAUAACGUUUAAAAUCAUCUUAGAAAACAGUAUCAUCGCGAUGCGUGGAUGGAACAUUCUUAAAUACGUACGAGAAGACCCACUGCGCAUUAAUAUAUAGAUAUACUUUUUGAAAUGUCAUUUUUUAUUCUUCAAUCCUACAACGUUGUGAUUUAACUCUUAGAUUAUCGAUUUUUAAGCUCAAAGUAUUUUAUUUCAAGAUAUUUCGUAGGUUAGGUGAUUCUUGACUUGCCACUCGUAUCCCGAUUAGGCGUUAUGUAAUGACCAAAUUAUACCGUUCAUAUUGUUAAUCUCUCUAAUUGUAAGUGUCAGUUGAACAUUCCUAUUCGUUAGUCGAUUGAUAAUUAUUGUAUAAGUUUGGAACUCGUCGCGCUUUACUUCAAAUCAUUUGCCUUUCUUACAAACAUCGAAAAUUUUAUCCUAAAUACACCUCAGCACUCAACGAAUACUCUUCGCUUACGAAUUUUUCAAUUGCUAGAGCUAGACUCUAUUUUUUUUUAAGAUCAAUAAUAUCUUUGUAUCUUGAUGUAGUUACGAUUUAAAAUUAUUGUAACAUAAACACAACUCCAGAGAAUCAGUCAGUUAAAGCAGUUCGAAUGAAUUUUUCUCGAAAAAAGGGAACAGAAGGGCGAAUUUAUUAAAGAAUUAAUCAGAAUGCUUAUAUUUGCUAACUAUAUUAUAAUAUCUACUUUACCCCUUUACUCAUACAACAAUGUCAUAAUAUAUACGUCGUAUUUACAGCUAGAAAUAACCGUGUGUUCACAAUUUUUGAGUAAUUACUGAUCGUUAUUUUAAAUUUCAUAAGAGAGAAAUACAUGCGAUUUCAAUGCAUUAUACUUACUAUUAAUAAUAUGUAAUUGUUCAAGGGAAUAAACAUAGUAAAUUUACUUUUAAAAUUUUGUUGUUUAGUGUUCAUAAACGUUGUUAGACACAUACAUUGUGUAUUUAGGAACUUACAACUAAAAUAUAUUGUGAUAAAAUAAUGUGUUGUCUAUAGUAUCAAUUAUUUGUAACUUAAUAUUUUUUAAUAAUAUCUCCGUUUAUUAUUGUAUUAUUUGAC